AUGAAUGGGUUGGUGCAAGACGUAAAAAAGUCACUGAUGUUGAAAUUAUAGAAGACAAGCUCAAUGGCACUACAGAUCUAUAAGAAUAAUAAGAAAUUGAAGAAAUAUAAUAAUAAAUGGAAGAGAAAGAAUGGGAGUUCGAAGAUGACAACAAAGUUUAGGAAGAAGGUCCUUCUAAGAGAUCUCUCCUUAAGAAAAUAGGUAAAAACAAAAAGAAUCCUACUAAAAAUGGUCGUGCCACAAAAAGCAGAAAGAUUCUUACUAAUUUCUGAAGAGAGUUAACAACUUUAAUAAAAUUCUUAUAAAAAUAUAAAAUUAGCUCCAUUACUUUUAAAUAUUAAAAAUUUUUAGAGUUUAAACUAAAUUAAAAGUGGGUUUUUCAAAAACAAUCUUUUAUCUACAUAUUCACCAGUCAAUUAUCAAAAAACAAGAAUAGGCUUUCAUUAUAUACUACCACAAAAAAUCAAUCAAGCUUGCUUUUUGUUAAAAGAUUGCUUGUCAGUUAAUAAAUUAAUAAUAAAAAUAAUAAUAAUUAUAGUAAUAACUUCAAGUAAAAAGUGUAAUUUAAGCUCUAAACUUAGCGAAAAUAAACCCAAUUAUAUUUAUUAAAUAAUUGCAACUGUAAUUCUUUUCUAAAUAAUUAUUUUAUCUUUCUAAUUAAUCAUUUCACUUAUCUCCUUUUGCAUGUAUUUAUAUAAUUGCAUUCAUUUUUCUCUAUUGUUUAUUUGA